ACGGACUCUUUUGUGAGGUGGCACCGGACAGCCUGCAAAUCCCGUAGCUUCGUUUCCACACGUGUGCAGGAUGUGAAGUGUGGGAAAUCAUUCAGUUUUAAGCUUUAAUAGUUUGUUUUUCUGUCUCUGCGCACACUCUAGGGUCGAUAUAAGUCCGAAUAAGUGGUUUUGAGAUGGCUGAUUACGUCCAGCAGCGGUUAGAGGACAGGAUUCCUGGCCUGGAGCAGCUGGAGAGAGUGGGGCUCUUCACCAGGAAAGAAGUCAAGUCUAUGCUGAAGAGAUCCACAGCUCUGGAAUAUAAGCUCCACAGAAGCGUGCUGAGCAAAGCUGAUUUUGUUGCAUAUAUUCAGUAUGAAAUAAAUGUGCUGGAGCUCAUCAAGAAGAGAAGAGCUCGAAUUGGCUACCAGUUCAAAAGGGAGGAUAUUGAAUUUCCCAUCAUCAGCAGAGUCACAAGUGUUUUCAGAAGGGCGACUACAAAGUGGCAGGAGGAUGUCCAGCUGUGGCUCUCCCACGUUGCCUUUUCUAAGAAAUGGGGGACGAAGGCUCAGCUCAGCAAGGUCUUCUCCUCCAUGCUCGCCAUCCACCCCGACAAACCCAGUUUAUGGAUCAUGGCUGCUAAGUGUGAGAUGGAGGACCUUGAUUCGUCAGAGAGUGCUCGUCAUCUCUUCCUGCGAGCGCUUCGCUUCCAUCCAGAGAACAAAAAGGUCUACCAAGAGUAUUUCCGGAUGGAGCUGAUGCAUGCUGAGAAACUGAGGAAACAGCAACAUGAACUGGAACUGGCCAAAAUUGACCUUGGUGAAUACGAGUUCUCUCCAGAGAUCCUGAGUGGUAAACUGGCUGAGGUGGUCUACCGAGACGCCAAGCAGAAAAUCAAAGGGGCGGAGUUCAUGCUGUCAUUGCUCAAUAUAGCUGCCAUUUUUGACUUCACUAAGGAGCUGCAGGACACCAUCCUGCAAGACCUGCAGAAAGAGCACACAGAUGACUCUGUGACGUGGGAUUUCAUGGCCCGGAGGGAGCUGGAGGCUGCUGGAGCUCCAGAGCUGCGCAGUGCUCAGGGCCGGGCAUCUGACACCAACCGCAGAGAGGAGCGCUGCUGCGCUGUUUAUGAGGAGGGGCUCAGGAGCCUCAACACAGAGCCAAUGUGGACGUGUUACUUGACAUUUUGCCUGGACAGAUUUAAGAGGAAAACUAACUUUGCUGAGCUGAAGCAAAAGAGAAAAGAGCGGCUGCUUGGAGUUUUUCAGAGAGCUCACGAUGCCUCCCUGCUGCAGGAGUCUUUCUACAAAAGCUGGCUACAGGUCCUGCUGUCGUCCGGGGAAACGGAAUCUGCCGCUCAGGUCGCCAUAGCAGCCACUAAGCGCUUCAGCCAAUCACUGGAGACGUGGAAUCUGAGCCUGCAGACGUUGGUCCAUCUGGAGCGAGCGGAGGCAGGGCUUCUAUUCCAGGAAGCUUUAAAGAAUGUGAAUCCCAAGGACAGUCUGUCUCUGUGGCAGCUUCAGGCUGAGUGGAACAUGGUGUCCCAGACUCCAGAGGAGACAGAAGCUCUGUUUCAGAAAGCGCUUUCAUCGCCAGUUCCGGCCAUUUCAGCUGCGCUGAAGGAGACCUACCUGGAAUGGGCCUACAAAACCAGCGGCUAUAAAAAAGCCAGGAAAAUAUUCAAAAGCCUGCAUGAGCACAGACCCUUCACCAAGGCCUUCUUCACCAAGAUGAUUCAGAUUGAGAAAGAACAAGAGAAGCCAAAUAUGAGUAAUCUGAGAGACUACUAUGAACGAGCGCUGCGCGAGUUCGGCUCCUCUGACGAUGAUCUGUGGAUGGGUUACAUCCGAGAGGAGCUGGGUGCGCACGGGAGCCCCGAGAACUGUGGGAAGCUUCACUGGAGGGCCAUUAAGAGCCUGGUUGGAGAGAGCGUGGAGCGGUUCACCACGCAGUACACGCUCAUGCAGACAGGACACAUAUAGCCAGUCUGGAGAAACUAGCACCCGAGCAGCAACCUGAACAGCCAGCUGCUGCUCUAACUGUUCAGCAUCUUCACAAGCCACAUCAAGCACAGGGGGGCGGCUUUCUAUGCAUUCUGUGUUCAUAUCCAGUGUUCAAAGUAGCCACACAGUUAAAGGGCCCAUAUCAUGGAAAACAAUUUUUAAAUAAAAUAGUAAUGCAUGUAAACAUUGUUAAAGUUUCAGUAAUGUACUGUUCCCGGUUCUCAUGGAAGCUAAAUUGUAAAAACAACCCAUGCUGGAUUGGAUUGUUUUUGUGCUGUGACAAAAUCCAACUCGUUUAAAUACAUGUCCGUCUAUCUACCUCAGUUGACGCUAAAUUCUUUCGGGUCCAUUUAUGUUGUGUUAUAAUGUAGGAGUGUUUCCACCUGGGCUGCUUUUUGACUGAGGCAGCCAAUCAUAACAGAGCUCAUUUACAUAAAUCAGUCUUAAAGGCACAGUAAUUAAAACAGCCUUAUAAAGAGAGCUUAGAAAACAGUCACGUUUCAGAUAAAUUGUGGCUGUUUUUAGUACAGAAAGCGUGAACUUCCUAACAAAAACUUCAAAAAUGCAAGAAAAAAAGUAGAAUAUGGGCCCUUUAAUGGAGAAUUUUCCAUAGAAAAUCACCCGAAUCUGUGCUGUGUGUUCUGGACUGAGCUUAUGUGUACUACACAGAAAUCCCUUAGAAGAGUUCUGGCUGCAGUUUUUGUAUUUGUGUUUGUUGUAUUUGAAUUUUAGUUGCAUCUCUCACAAAAUGUUUCCGACUCACUUCAGUUCAGAAAUAAACGUUUUAUUGUUGAGAUCAUUAU